ACCACAGCUCUACAUCAUCCCUCAAAAUCAUCAUUCAGUUUACAGAAGCAUCCAAAUAAGAAAUGGCAUUUUCCACUUUUUUUUUAUGAUUCCACCUUUUAGGAAGGACUCUCACCUUUUGAUCUGAAAGCUAUCUCAGGUAACUUCCUCUUACAGGCCCCUCUUCUAGUCUCUGGAGUCAGGAAGACUGACAUAAGCAAUUCAAACUAUUUUCUAUGAGACAGUUUCCAAAUGUAUGAGAAUAAUGAUCGUAUCCCUGCAAAGCCUAAACAUUCCCACCUUAUUCAAUCAUUUCUCUUCAGACCUGCUACCCAGGCUCCCACCACCCCAGCCACAAUCUAAGUCAUCUACACCCUUCAUAAAAUGCAGCAUCCACAACUGGCAGAGAAUGGCCAGAUCAGUCCUGGGUAAAUGUAAACAACACACCUACCUUGGUCUGAGCACUAUAUUUCCAGUAAUUUAGCCUCCAAAGAAACUGCAUUUUGAUAGCCAUGUUACACUGUUGGUUUAAAUGGAGCCCAAUGGACACUAUAGGGUGGCAGAGUAGGUCUCUUUCAUCUGGCACAUGAUAGGCUGCAUUUUACCUACAAUGUGCCUCACUUUGACAUUUUCCUUGUUACUCAUGUGUCCACGCAGUCACUGAUUCAGCUGGCCUCUUGUCUGGAAACUACUAAUCCUGUCCACAGCUAAAAUUGUGUUGUUCUCCCACUCACCACAGAAACCUGUUUCUUUCGCAUGAGCUGUUGAUAAGACAAAGUAUGGGCAAACCACUCCCUGAUACCAAGUUUCCAGGUAGUCAAGAACAGUCAAAGUUGACAUUUUUGUCCUUAAAACAUUUAAAAACCCAUACUGUUACACAGAAUAUCAAUAUAAAACCAUCAGUAACUAUGAAACUUUUUUUUUUUUGGUUAAGGUUUAUUGCUAAGGUUUCUUUCAAAGAAUUUUUUGAUAAACUUUUAUAGAAAAGUUUAUAAAGUUCCAUAGAUGUCUAUAAUUCAUAAAUUCCAAGGGGCUUUUGGAUAGUUGUUUUUUUUAAAAAAUACAAAUCACUCUAAAAAAUUUUCACUUCCCAUUUAAAAAAAAAAGUACACUCACAUAACGAGGCUAACUGAUCAUUAUAUGCUCAGUCACAGGGUGACAGGAAAAAAAAGUCACCACCAUAAAAGGAUGUCUGCCUAGUCUCUCUUAAAACAACAUGCCACGGUUAACUUAGUUCAGUCUGGGCAAAAACUGACUGCUACUACACGGAGACCUGAAUAAGUCACUGAAAUAGUGCCUGACCACCACCAAUGGAUAUAAAAAUGGCUGACAAUUUUACUACACCCUCUACAACCACCCAGGGCGAUGACUGUGAUCUCUACGCACACCACAACACAGCAAGGAUAUUAAUGCCUCUGCAUUACAGCCUUGUCUUCAUCAUUGGGCUUGUGGGAAACUUGUUGGCCUUGGUUGUCAUUGUUCAAAACAGGAAAAAAAUCAACUCUACCACCCUCUAUUCAACAAAUUUGGUGAUUUCCGAUAUACUUUUUACCACUGCGUUGCCUACGCGGAUAGCCUACUAUGCCAUGGGUUUUGACUGGAAAAUCGGUGAUGCUUUGUGCAGGAUAACUGCUCUGGUGUUUUACAUCAACACGUAUGCAGGUGUGAACUUUAUGACCUGCCUGAGCAUUGAUCGCUUCUUUGCUGUGGUGCACCCUCUACGAUACAACAAGAUGAAAAGGAUUGAACACGCAAAGGGCGUGUGCAUAUUUGUCUGGAUUCUAGUAUUUGCACAGACACUCCCACUCCUCAUCAACCCUAUGUCAAAACAGGAGGCUGAACGGAUUACAUGCAUGGAAUAUCCAAACUUUGAAGGAACAAAAUCUCUUCCCUGGAUUCUGCUUGGUGCAUGUUUCAUAGGAUAUGUGAUUCCACUGUUAAUCAUUCUCAUCUGCUACUCUCAAAUCUGCUGCAAACUCUUUAAAACUGCCAAACAAAACCCACUAGCUGAGAAGUCUGGUGUAAACAAAAAGGCUCUCAACACAAUUAUUUUUAUCAUUGUUGUGUUUGUUCUCUGUUUCACACCUUACCAUGUUGCAAUUAUUCAACAUAUGAUUAAAAAGCUUCGCUUUCCUGACGUGGUAUGCAGCCAAAGACAUUCAUUCCAGAUUUCUCUGCACUUUACAGUAUGCCUGAUGAACUUCAAUUGCUGCAUGGACCCUUUUAUAUAUUUCUUUGCAUGUAAAGGGUAUAAGAGAAAGGUUAUGAAGAUGCUGAAACGUCAAGUCAGUGUAUCAAUUUCCAGUGCUGUGAAGUCAGCCCCUGAAGAAAACUCACGUGAAAUGACAGAAACACAGAUGAUGAUACAUUCCAAGUCUUUAAAUGGAAAGUAAAAAGUAUAAAUCUAUCUUGGAUUUAUAGCAAAGUAAACUGAAUGACAAAUUUUGUAGGACUUUUCUUAUAAGGCAAAAUGAUUGUUCAACUUGAAUUAAGAUUCUUUUAAAUCCCUUUUAUUGGGCACUUUCCACCUCCAACUUGGAAAUAAGCUCAAGAGAACAAUAUAAAGCAAAGUUCUAUUUGUAAGUGAAAUAAUAUGUCAUAGGGAGACUAUCUUAAUAACUCUCAAUGUAAAAAGCAAAAUUUUAUUUUAAUAAAAAACUUAAUCAUUAAUAUUUCCUGCCAAUAGUUUGGCAAAAGAAAAAAGACUGAUUAGAUUGUAUAUUGCCAGUGUAAAAAUGUUAAUAUUGUAACAUAUCUUUUUUGUAACAUAUUUCUUAAAUCAAUGUUUCUUUCACUCUUCCAUUUUAUCCUUUUGGUAACACCAAUUUUUUGUUUUGUUCUGAGUCAUAAAACUGUUUCAGAGAACUCUUUUGGAAUAAAGACCAGGAUGCUACAAAAUUAUGAGUAUGUUGUUACUCAAUGUUGUCAACUACCAGCAGGAGUUACAGGGAGAAUAUAAUUAGCAAUAGAUAGAUCUGAUAGAUUAGCAAUGUUAUAAAUGAUGAUGACUGAGGCAAUGAAAGCAUCGAGCUUUCUCCCUAAGAGCCAGCAUAGUCUUUCAGGGCCACUGCUUAUGAACAUCACGGGGACUAUAUAUGGAGGUAUCUCACUGGACGGAGGGUUUACUUGCUAAAUUCUUCCUGGGAAUAAAAACAUGCAUAUAUGCUCGUUUUCUUUGGAUCGCUAGGGCAUCAUUUUCUCUUUUUCCCUUCAAGUUGGUAGCACCCUGUAUCUGUAUUUCAAUAGUCUGUGUCGGGGGUGCUCAAACUACGGCCCAUGGGCCACAUGCAGCCCGAGGAGGAGGACAUUUAUCCGGCCCACCGGGUGU